GAAGAAAAAAUUGAGAGAGUUAAGUUUAUAUAAAAAAGAGAGUUCUUAUUAGUUGAAGGGAGGUGUUCUUUGUGUAGAGCUUUAAACUCAACUCUUGUCCAGAGUUUGUUGAGUUACAUUUUUGUGAUAAGGCUGUUGUAUCCUGGAGGGGACAAGUCAAGAGGAUUACUGCUGGACCAGUGAAACGAUUUACUGCAGUGGGCUUGAAUCUCCUUAAAGAGAGCGAGAUAUCCGCGCCUCAGCCAAGAAGUGAAGUUAAUUUCUUCAUUUUAUUUUUCAAUUGUAAUUUGUAAUCUUAUAAUUUCACCAACAAUUUUAAGGAGAUUCAAUAUGGCUACAAUUGAAAAAUCCGCGGAUAUCAAGAUGGGAGAUCUAAACAAACCAUUUCGGUUUAAUGGUAAUCAUUUCAAGAGAUGGAAGGGUAAAGUACUUUUCUACUUAAGUCUUCUCAAUGUUUCAUAUGUGUUGACUCAAAAAAAUCCUAAUAAAGUUGACAUCCUCUCCAUGGAUAACGAUGAACUAAUUUCUCAUCAAGAGAAAGUGGAAAAGUACAAUAAUGAUUCCUACAAGUGUCGGUAUUAUAUUCUUAAUUGUCUAUCUGAUAAUUUUUAUGAUUAUUAUGAUAGAACUUACUCUAGUGCAAAGAAAAUAUGGAAAGCAUUGCAGAGUAAAUAUGAUACCGAAGAAGCUGGAGCGAAAAAAUAUGCUGCUAGUCGAUUUUUUCGUUUCCAAAUGGUGGAUGAUAAAUCAGUGAUAGACCAAGCUCAAGAUUUUAUAAUGAUCGUUAGAGAGCUCAGGUCUGAGGAAGUCAAAAUUGGAGACAAUCUUAUUGUUUGUGGCAUAAUAGACAAACUUCCACCUUCAUGGAAGGAGUUUCAAAAAACUAUGCGCCACAAACAAAAGGAAACCUCUCUUGAGACUUUGAUCAUGAAAAUCCGCAUGGAAGAGGAGAGUGGGUAUAUUGCUCGAUUUUACAGAUACCGGAAACGUGAUCCUAUACCUCAGGCAAACGUUACCGAAGAGCCUUUUGUGGCAAUGAUUACAGACAUAAACAUGGUUGAGAAUGUUGAUGGAUGGUGGGCUGAUUCUGAUGCAAACCGUCAUGUCUGUUAUGACAAAGAUUGGUUUAAAAAAUAUACUCCUUUUGGAGAGCCCAAAACCAUCAUGCUCGGUGAUUCUCAUACUACUCAAGUGCUUGGAAUGGGAGAUGUCGAAUUGUGUUUUACCUCUGGAAGGAUAUUAACUUUGAAAGAUGAAUAUGCUAGCGUAAUUGAAAGUUUGAGAUAUGUGACUGAUUGCACUAGGCCUGAUAUUGCAUAUGCAGUAGGAGUACUUAGCAGGUUUACUAGCAAGCCAGGCUUUUCUGAUGCAGAUUGGAACACUCUAGCAGGUGAUUCCUGUUCUACCACUGGUUACAUUUUUACAUUGGGUGGUGGUGCUAUCCUUUUACUAAGGCCUUAA